AUGGCGCGACGCGCUGCCAUUGCUGCCGUCCUGGCAUCGGCAGUCUCCCUCGUGGCGGCUGCUUCGGGCACAGAGCCAUGUGCUACUGUUAGGAACCUCUAUCUGCGCGGCAAUGCCAUCCCAGCAGCGACCGGAUUUGCAUGUCUCUCCUCCGUCCCCUUCGACGCGGAUGUCGGCCUUGCCACCGUCGAGAACUUCCAGAAGCUCAGCGAGUUCCACUCGACGCUCGGCGACAUCAAGAACCCCGGGAAGGGCUACGCAAAUGCACCCGUCGAUAUCAUAGGCUUGCUCGAUCAGGUGAUCGUCGAUAUCAAGGCGGGAAAGUAUAAGAACCAAUACCAGUUUGAGGAGCAGAUGGCCCUCAUCACGGGCCUGUCCUUCGAUGGUCACUACACUUUCCUGGGCAACACGUUUUACAGCUCCUUGGAUUGGUACCGUGGCGGUGCUACCAAUGGCGCUUACGAGGGCUCCUUGAUCUCUGUUUCCGCCGAUGGAAAGUCAUUGCCACAGGUUUACUUUACCACCGACCUCACCAACCCAAAUGCGUCUCCUAUUGUGUCGAUCGAUGGACAGACUGUCGUAGACUAUCUCACAAAGGAAUCAAACCAUCAACUCUUCCACGACGCCGAUGCCCGCUGGAACGUUCUCUUCGCGCGCCAACAGUCUGAUUCCGUUGGCUCCUUCGUCAUGCCCUGGUUCUACCCUGGGUCUAACUUCACCGCCACCAGGGCCAAUGGCAACACCAAGACCAUCCAGUGCUACGCCGCUAUCCCAACCGCCCUCAAGGAGAAAUGGUCCCAGGUCAUUGACGGCAAGAGCUUCUACAGCACCUUCGUUGCCCCCAAGACUGCCUCCUCUUCUUCAACUUCCUCAUCAUCCAGGUCCCUUAAGAAGAGGUACGUCGAAAAGCGCCUCGUCCCGCCACACUACCCCCAACCCGUCAUCCAGCACGCACAGAAGGAGGUCGGGCUGGGCGCCUUCUUCCUCAGCGGCUUCGGCCUCAACGAAGUCGCCGUGCUCAGCAUGAACACCUUCGACCCCGUCGCCCCAGGCGACGGGGUCGAGUUCCAAGCCCUGAUCCAGAAAUUCCUCAAAUACGCCAAAUCCAAAGGCCGCACCAAGAUGGUCAUCGACGUCUCCUCCAACGGCGGCGGCUCCCUCUUCCUCGGCUACGACACCUUCAAGCAAUUCUUCCCCUCCAAAGAACCCGACAUCGGUGCACGCAUGCGCUACUCCACGGCCCUCGACAUCAUCGGCACAGCCUUCGGCACCAUCACCCUCUCCGACGCGGCCACCGGCUCCUUCGCCAACACCGGCCUCACCCCCGCCGACAUGUACCUCUCCCCCAUUCACUACAUCAACUCCGUCGACGCCGACCAACUCGCCUUCGCCUCCUGGGCCGCCCUCCGGGGGCCCGUCACCAUCAACAGCGCCUCCUACACCCAAAUCAUGCGCUACAACUUCUCCAGCCCCCACCUCUACCAAGGCGACACCAUCGUGUCCGUCUCCGGCUACGGCCCACUCGCUGACACCCCCGCGCAGCCUUAUGCCGCGGAAGACAUCAUCCUCCUCCACGACGGCUACUGCUCCUCCACCUGCGCCGUCUUCAGCGAUCUUAUGCGCCGCCUCGGCGGCGUCCGCUCUGUCGUCCUAGGAGGCCGCCCGGUAUUUGGUCCUAUGCAGGCGGUGGGUGGGACGAAGGGCGUUCUCGUCGAGCCGUGGGCUGCUAUCGAAGCGUCUGUCGCUGCGACGCUGGCGGAUUUUGGGACUGCGGAGCAGAAGAAGAAGUGGGCUGCCUACCUCCCCAAGCAAUUCCCCAUCGCCAUGGCGAACCCCCCCACCGUCAACUUCCGCAGCGGCUACCACCCCGGCAGCGACACGCCGAUGCAGUUGCUGAAUGAAUCCGCGAACUGCAGGGUGUUUUACACACCCGCGAUGCUGGCGAAUGUGACGAAUAUCUGGGAGACGGUCGCGCAGCUCGCGUGGGGGAUUGGGGGGGGGACCGGGCAAUCUUGUGUGCAGGGGAGUUAUUCGGAUGGGGAACCCAUUGGGGAGACGAAGUUGGUGGGGAAGAAGGUUUCGAGUCUUGAUGCGGUUGUGGCGGACGGAACGGCGGCCGGGGGGGAUACGAAUGAGGAUUUGGGGUUGGCGGUUGCGGGGAGUGGGAAGGGUGAUGGGGCUGUGACGGGGGCGAAGAAAGGUGCUGCAAGCGUGGCGAGGGUGGUUAGCUGGGAGGUUUUGGGGGGUUGGCGCUGGUGAGUGGGUUGGUGUUGUAGAUUCAAGGGUGGGAUUUGUGUUUAAUAUGUGUUGAGCGUGGCGUUUUGGGUUGCAUUGGGUGGGAUUAUAUUAUAUCAAUUUGUGCUAUAUGGGACAAGGGGAAAUGCUUGUAUGUAGCUGGCAUUAUGGCUGUAUUUGGGAGGAUAUGUCUGGUAUGGACUGGGGAUAAUGGGGGGGAUCUAGAGGAUAUAGAAUAAUAUAUCACUUUGCUUAUA